CUGGUCUUCGACUUUUUUGUUUGCACUCCCGACACAUCACCCACACGUAUUUCUUGAAUACCACGCGCAAAUCGGCCUGGCUAUACUUCAAAAGCUUUUUCUACCUAGGAUAAUUUCACAAAAUGGAAACCGCACACCCUCCUCACCGCGCGCACGCCUCGCGGCCACUCUCCACCACUGAAGCGCACUCCCUCCUCACCGCCUACCUUGUCGCAACCGAAACAUCUCCCCAUUUACACCCAGACGGCCUUCUCAGCACAGCAGGCGUGCAGUUCGCGACCUCUGCUGGCCCAAUGGGUGGUGUCGUGCUACACAACCUGAGGCGCGUGGAAGCUGGGUUGCGGGGCGAGCACAUGGAACCAGAUUUGGAGGUGCUGGAAGAAGAAGAUGCGAAAGCUGGAGCAGAAGCUGGACUAGAGGAUGCAGUGGUGGGCAAGGCGCUGAAUGGGAAGAGGACGGUGAAGCAGGCUGAGGAAGGCUGGCAGGAUAUUGAGGAGUAUCAGAGAGAGCAGGGGCCGAUAAUUGGGGAGAUCGAGGAUAGAUCGAACUUUGUGGCCGAUGGGGUUGAGGAGCCGGUGGUUGUGGAGCAUGUGGAGGUACCGAAACUGGAUAAGGCGGCCAGGAAGAAAGCGAAGAAAGAACGGGAGGAGAAGAAAAAGAGAGAGAAAGAAAUGCUGAGGCAGAAGAAGGCGAAAACGCAGGGCUGAGACUUCAAAAUCGAGGUUGGCAGUACUAUAACGACACAAUUCGGCGAUAUGGCACGGCAAGAUCACGCAAAGGGUUGUGAGUAUUAGGCGGCGUUGCAAAUCGAUGCCAAAGCGGCUUUUAAUUCCAAUAUUUUGGAAGCUGGACACCUGCUUCAUCUCCAAACCAUGGUCCAGGACUACAGCUCUAUAUCAUUCGCCUGCAAGGGUUUCUCAUUAUCCGCCGA